UACUAUGGAGAUGCAAGGAGUGGACAGGGUACUGCCCACGGUGAACGCUAGUCUAGUUUUGUAAUGUAGCGAGCGCAUUUGAGCGCUUCUCAUUUUAACGCGGAAACAUAGACAUUCUUGUAAAGGAUGCCGUUAUGCCUUGUUAUGAAGCAUUAAGGGAACUAAAUGAUGUGUGCGUUUUUUAUUGAUAGUUUUUAUCAAAAUUGGAGACUCAAGGUUUGUUUAUGUUCAAAAACCAGGAUUAUCAGGAGUAUCUUGAGUGUUUCAAAGCAGCUUUCUGAGGUCUGAAGACUGUUUCCAGCUGCAGAAAUGGCCACUGCACGCCUGGAUUACAUUGCUCCAUGGUGGACUUACUGGCUGCACAAUUUUCCUCACAUCAACCUGACAUUCGUCUACGUUGACAAUACUUUCAGACCUGAGGACGAAAAUUAUCAGCAGUCUCUGAUCCUGCUGGCCUGUGUGGGGGUGCUGGGCCUGGGCCUGAGCCUGCUGCUGUUGGCCAUCUACCUCAGCUGUUUGUGCUGCUGCCACAGGGAGGAGGAGGAGGACAGCAAGCGGCCCGACGCCUGCUGUGUCACCUGGGCUGCAGUCAUCACAGGCCUCAUCAUCUGCUCCGCCGUAGGAGUGGGUUUCUAUGGUAACAGUGAAACCAAUGAUGGGGUGUACCAGCUGACCUACUCCCUCUACAAUGCCAACCACACACUGGGUGGGAUCGACAGCCUGGUGGCCAGUUCUCUGGGCAGCAUGGAGACGGGGCUGAAGCAGCACCUGGACCGCUUGGGCGAGAUCUUCGCGGCGCGAGGGGACUUCAUCCAGGCUCUGCGCUUCAUGCAGCAGAUGGCCGACAACGUCGUCAGACAACUGACCAACCUGCCGGACGUAAGCAAGGCCAAGGUGGACCUGACCGCCCUUGCCGACCAGACAGGACACAUCGAGUACUACCGGUGGCUGACCUACCUGCUGCUGCUGAUCCUGGACCUGGUCAUCUGCCUGGUCACAUGCCUGGGCGUGGCCAAGCAGUCCCGCUGGCUUCUCGUCACGAUCAUGGUGUCUGGCUUCUUGACUCUGAUGCUGAGCUGGACAUCCCUGGGGAUGGGCACUGCCACAGCUGUGGGCACCAGCGACUUCUGUGUGUCUCCAGACAAGUUCAUUGCUAACCAGACUAAAGACUUCCUCAGUGCAGAUGUAGCUCACUACUAUCUGUACUGCAGUCCCAGUCUCCCCAACCCAUUCCAACAGUCGUUGACCAUCUACCAGAGGUCUCUGACCACCAUGCAGAUCCAGGUCCAGGGGCUGCUGCAGUUCUCUGUGGCUGUGUUCCCCACGGCAGAGAGAGACCUCCUGGGGAUCCAGCGGUUGUUGAACUCCACCGAGUUCAACUUGCAUCAGUUGACAGCCUUGCUGGACUGUCGUGGGUUACAUAAGGACUACCUAGAUGCCCUUAUGGGUGUGUGCUAUGAUGGGGUGGAAGGGCUCCUAUACCUCUGUCUGUUCUCCCUGCUGGCGGCCAGUGCCUUCUCUGCCAUGCUGUGUGCCACCCCCCGUGCCUGGACUCUCAUCACGAGCAGGGACAGGGACUAUGAUGACAUAGACGAGGAGGAUCCGUUCAACCCCCAGGCUCGCCGCAUGCCCUACAACCCCAGCCGGGCCCACAUCCACAGCUUCUGCAGCUACAGCAGUAGCCUGGGCAGCCAGACCAGCCUGCACCCGCCCCCUCAGGCCACCUCCACCAUCCCCUCCACCGAGUACAUGAACCAAUCCAUGCUGUACGGGGGGAACCCUCGCUAUGAGAACGUGCCUCUGAUCGGGAGAGGAUCCCCGCCCCCCUCGUAUUCACCCAGUAUGAGGACCACCUACCUAUCUAUGACUGAUGCCCAGAUCCGACACUUUGGGACUGACUUCCAGGUGUAGAUCUGUGCAUGCGGAUCACCACUCAGCGAGGGUCUGUCUGGGACUCACUGCAGAGGAGGCUGUGGUCUGAUCUGAGACUUCAGAGCUGGAGCUGGGACUUGUCACCUCGGGCUGUCAACAGUGCUCCUUACUCACAGGGCUCCCACAAGCCUGUCAUGUACCGUCAUCCUGGAUGUGAGGUGUCAAUCUUACCUCACAACUCCUAAGGCUGUUGAUUCCCUAGACAGUUGCUGCCAUUGCAUGUAAAAAAUAAAUAAAAAAAGAGGGCAUGUGUUAGAGGCAGAUGAAGAGACUGUGAAAGGAUAAUGAACCAAAAGAAUGAUGCUAGUAAUUUCACCUCCUGUGGAUGCGAGAAUAUUUGAAGGUAAGGAAACUCACUGAGAACAGAAGUAUGAUGUUGUUCUCAGUGCAUGCUCACAGUGAAACAAUGUUAUCUUGCCAACUCAGAGAAGACAGAGCUCUUAAAUGUAGAGGCCUUCCUUUUUUCCUUUGUGACACAACGGAUAAAACAGACAAUAGACUCCAUUUCGUUCAGAUACAUUUAUUCAUUGACAUCAAAUACUAUGAACAAGUAUGGAGGCUUGGGGUGUUAAGAAUGACUUGUGAUUAAUUAGUGAUUUGUAUAUGUUUUAAAAGCAAGCAUGCAGGUUUCUUCUGUAAUUAGCUGUUGAACUGUGAUGACAUUGUGCACCUGUUUCUCUGACUGAUCCCAGUCAAUGUGCCUCACUUUGUGAAGGUUGAGUAAUGGAAUAUUCAACACAGUAAUGCUGUGCAUUGGCAUGUUAACCUUUAGCUGGAUGAAAUGGACACACUCAAAAAAGAAAAGAUGGUGAAGUAUUGGCAUGGAUUCAGAUCGACGUUGGAAAAUAUAAGGAGGGAACAUAUUUAAAAUGUUUAGAUAAUUUUUUCAACUGUUACCAUUCCAUGCCAUGUUCAAUAACUGGAUAUGCAUACAAAUAUACUGUAUGCUAACUGAUUAAAGUAUUUAUCUUAUCACAGACCACUGAGCAGGUAGAAUGUGGCACAUUAGCAGAUAAAAUCAAAGGCACCCAACAGCUGAGGUGUUGUACAGUCUGUAUUCUUGGUGACACUCUUUCUUCCUGAAAUUGGCAACUGCUUAAAUGUACAUUUGAUGAAGUAAUAGAACAAAGUGUUGUGUGCAUAAAAUGAAUGA